GAGCAUUCCAGCGUGUUAUCCUGUGUCUAUGCUCUGAGAAUAUUGAGUUCUGAGAUAUUCCAGAAGGCUUCGUUAUCUUGGUUUUCUCUCUCGGUUCAGCUGGAUCGAAGGCACCACGAGAGACAAGACGCGGCUCUAUUCCCCUGAUAUUGUCAGGUGCUGCAAGAGUGACAACAGGAUCGGCACGGCAAAUUCGGUGGACAAGAAGAAAUUGGAAUGGUUUCGGAGAAGCCUGGGACUUGGACUUGAACUUGGAAACUCUACUGGCCGUCCGAUCGCUUCGGCCGUGGCGCACGCCACUGUCUGUUUGACCUGCUGUUUCUGAGGCCACACCGUGAGUUGGUCUGAGUGGCUAGUGACGAAGUUUCCCAGGCGUUGUCACCCUGGAAGGAUUGCGGCUUGAGCGCGAAUCAGGGUACCGAGACACAGGCUCUGCUGCGAAGCUCAGUAUCUCGACGCGACGGAGCUCUAUCGAUCUUCAAUCAGUCUGCUCCAAUCAAAUGAGGAGACUGCCCUAGGACAGUGGUUAUCUUGCAAAUUGAGGGAAGAUACAAUGUUGUGGGGGAGCGAGAACCGUGCUUCUUACUGGCUCUGUAGCCAAGCCGGCUCCCGCCGAUAGCCUACAAAUGAGCCUUCAAGGCUUCCUGUCGUCCACAUGGCGCCGUUGUCUUAAGUUUCGUUUUCCCGUAAUUUGUUCCGAAGAGAAGGAAAUUCCGAUCGUUUUGAAGAGGACUAACGUCGCCUUACUGAACCCGAAUAACGCAAGAUCAACCUUGAAAGUCUUGCUUUCUUGAAUGAUUUGACGACUGCAAAGUUCAGAGAGAAAUCAUUUGGCCAGCUGUGAUUGAUGUUCGCUUUUACGAGAGGGUGUCUGAAUGAGCUGAAAAUGGAACGUUCCAUGUUGGCUGGAGCCAUGACAUGCCACACAGCCCCUGGUCCGGCAACGGCUCCCAUAAGUCGAAAUGGACUCGGCCGAGAGAGCGGCCGAGUUAUCUCGAAGAACUGAUGUGUGUCGUUCAAAGAUAACGAGUCGCUUGUUAUUCUAUGCAAUACUCUUUCAAAUAUCCCACGGAUAUGACCGUCAAUGCAACUCAUCAGAAGAACAAGUCUUUGUCUGUAAUUCAGGUUGCUAUGAUAGCGUCUGUUUUGUGCCCGAGUGUCCUGGGGAUAUAACCCAAGACAGCAUAGUCAAACCCAUGCUUGCCUCGCCUCGCCUUGCAUGUGCUUUGCUCGAUGCCGGCACCCCCUGUCCCCUGCUCCCAUUGAAUGAUGGAGAUCAUGCCGCAACUCCAUCUCGCACGAUCCAGUAAGCUCGUCAUCAGGUCCCUGAAAGCACUCACUACAGUGUACUCCAUAAUAUCACUCCAGAUGCCAUGAUGCCAUACGAGAUUUACGGUGUCUUUCUCAGGGGUCCAAUUGAAGCAGAUUGAUGAAGAGCAAGCCGCUGCCAAGGCUGAGAUCAGCAGUAGGGUCAAGCCACAUUGUACACGGUAAUCUGGUCCGCAUCCGCCGCGUCUCUAGCUAAAUGCUCCGAGACAUAGUCUACGGCCCAGCCGGUGCAUAUCGCUGGAUGCGGCAUCAUGUCUGACAACCUCUACAGCUAGCCUGCUUGAUGUGCCCCCUACGUGUUCCAUCCGUCCUUCUUUUCUUCCUUUCGAAGGACAGUGAUAAGGGGGGAAAUUCAAGGCAGCAAAGGGGAGCUGAGUUCUCGUGCUGAUAUUGAACUGUGUGUUCAUUGGACGGCUCCUGGUAGAUUGAGUCGACUCAUGACUUCAUGGUUCGUUGUCAGUUGCCCCCAGCAGAUAAAAAUAGCCAGAUCAAUGGCCAGGCUUUGCAGAUCUCUGAGCUGAUACAGAGGGGUUGAAGCUGAUAAGACAAAUGUGACCUUGUGUUAAGCGACUGGUCAGUCAUCAACGGGGGGGAACAACCCCCCCCGAACCGGAGUUAGACGUCAAUAUAAGCAUAUUUUUGUCACGGGAAUCCAAGGCGUCAACCCAAAGCCAUCAGUGGCAUUACGACCUGGGAUACGAUGUGCAGUCAAACCUUGAGUCAAAUCAACCUUUGCAACAAACAACAAACGGGCCGGUAACUCUAUCAACGUCGACCGUUGUCAUAUUUUGCCUGUAAAUGAAGAGUAGGUUGUAAAGAAGAUAAAUAAACAUGUCCCUGGAUGAGGGGAUCGUCACAGCACUUUUGAAAGCAUGGAAGAGGGUAGACAUGUCUAUGGGGAAGACAAGUCAACCAGUCAUUUUCCGAAGCUAUUGUUCUUUUUGCAAAAUGGGGAAGAUAAUAGAAUGUUGUUUGUAUACCUUAUGAAGGCAUUCUUGCAACAGAAUCAUGACGAUGGAAUCAGACGGUGUUGAUAAGAAUACGACAAAUGGCUUUUCAAUACGACAACAGUUGUUGCGGCGCAACAGAGCAAAAACAAACAGCAUUCUACGAGCGAGGGGGGUUCACGCAGCAACUGCCUCAAGUCGUACUCUGGAAAACAUCACCAUAUUCAAUGCCUCGUAAAAGCCAAGCCAGUGUUACCAAAUUGUAUGUUAUUCUAGACACAAGG